AAUCAACUCAAAUCAAAUCAAAUCAAAUCAAAUCAAAUCAAAUCAAAUCAAAUCAAAUCAAAUCAAAUCAAAUCAAAUCAAAUCAAAUCAAAUCAAAUCAAAUCAAAUCAAAUCAAAUCAAAUCAAAUCAAAUCAAAACUGAAGGAACACUGCAUUGGAACCUGGCUCUGGAUCGAGGCGACGCUCUGGAUUGGACCAAGACUCUCUAUUACAAUAAGCUGCAAAAUCCUCUUUACAUAUAUACUUGCAAAGCGAAUGAAAUAUUUCUCAAAAAAAAACCGGACUGGACUGGGCUGGACUGGACUAUCAUGGACUUGA